GCCAUGGCAGACUACUCAAACGUGGCGCCCCCGUCCUCACGUGCCCGCUGGGACGAACGACCCGUUAUAAGACGCGCUUCAACGAGCGAGACAGCCUUCUCGGGUGAAAUGGGCAGGCCCCUAAGGUCCGCAUCGGAAGACUUCAAGGUUCCCGAUGGCAUGGUUGGAUUCAUUAUUGGGAGAGGCGGAGAGCAAAUAUCCCGUAUAAAGCAGGCAUCUGGUUGUAAAAUACAGAUCGCCCCAGACAGCGGCGGCAUGCCCGAUAGAUCGGUGACAUUGACAGGAUCCCCAGACGCCAUCCAGGCUGCGAAGAGGCUCCUCACAGAGAUUGUGGAGAAGGGUCGCCCAAGACCAGCAUUCCACCACAACGAGGGCCCUGGCAUGUCGGUUCAGGAGAUCAUGGUCCCUGCUUCUAAAGCCGGCUUGGUCAUUGGCAAGGGAGGGGAAACCAUUAAGAGCCUUCAGGAAAGAGCCGGAGUUAAGAUGGUCAUGAUCCAGGAGGGACCUCAAAACACGGGCGCAGACAAACCUCUCCGGAUUUCGGGGGAAGCUUUCAAAGUUCAGCAAGCCAAAGAGUUGGUGAUGGAGCUGAUCAGAGACCAGGGGUUCAGAGAGCAGAGGGGGGAGUAUGGCUCUAGGUUGGGGGGUGGUGACAGCUUAGAUGUGAUUAACAUUGAAGUCCCAGUGCCCAGGUUUAGGGUCGGAACCGUCAUCGGUAGCAAAGGUCAAACGAUCAAGAUGAUCCAAAGCGACACGGGCGUCCGCAUCCAGUUCAAACAAGACGACGGCACCACGCCGGAGAGGAUAGCCCAGAUCAUGGGCCCGCCCGAGCAGGCCCAGAAAGCGGCCGACAUUAUCGCUGAGAUCUUGAGACCAGAAGUGUCCAUGUAA